GAAAGACCGCACAACGACAAGCAGCAAGAUGAAGCACCUUCUGUUUUUGGGGAUUGUCUGUUCAGCUUUCCAAAUCAGCCAUUCAAGCAUUCCAGAUUUCUGUCUAUUAGCGGCUGAUGAAGGUGAUGGCUUAAACUUCAACUUCGCUGUGCAUUAUGAGGUCGACAAAGAUCAGUGCAGUCCUUUCAUAUACAGAGGUGAAGGAGGAAACGCUAACCGUUUUCAAAAUGAAAAAGACUGCUUGAGAAACUGUUCAGCCAAUUCAGAAAAUGUCUACCCCAAGAAUGCAACCAAAGCUUGCCUCUUUAAAAAGGAGAACGGUGGAUGUAAUGGCAAAUAUUUGAGAUACUACUACGAUUCCGUUAAUUACAAAUGCAGAAAAUUCAUUUGGACCGGAUGCCUCGGAAAUGGAAACAGAUUUUUUGACUACCUCAGCUGUAACGCCACCUGUGCUGGCAUCCGUGCAGAUGAAGGCGACAGUACGGAGCAGGAGGAAGAUGAGCCGGACACUCCGAUCGCAAUCAUCUGUGGAGUUGUGCUUGCAGUCAUCGUUGUUGCUCUCAUCAUUACAGUGACUGUCCUAACAGUAAAGUCAAAGAAAAAGACUGCAAAGAAGAAGGCCGCUGGGAAAAGUAAAGACCUCCAGUCUGAAGCGCCUCUUCAGGACAGGGGGAUUGAAAUGGCUUAGGACACUUCAAGAGCAACAUGUAGUUUUCCCAGCUUGGCUUUGGGCAUAAACUAGUCUGCUAGUUUUGAUACUAAACGUAUCACAGUGGCAACUUAUUAAAAUAUCUUAAAGUUCGAUUUUGAUUUAUAUUACUUACAUAAAAUAGUCAUCACAUUGUUGCCAUAUUUUGUGUUUUGUUUCAUCUCUCCUGCAUCUAUUAAUUGAUGUAUUGUUUUUCAAGCUUUACACUAUAUUUUUUCGAUCACUUAUCCUAUUUCAAUCUAGUUAGUCAUUGUCAAAUCAAUAGAAAAUUGAUGUUAAAUAAUAGUAGUAAUAGUUAAAUAAUCAGUUAGUCACAAUUUUAAAUAUUUUCCCAGCGUAAAGUCAAGCAUUAAGUUUUCUUCCACUGCACUGUUGGUAAGACAGAACAAGCAAUGUUAAUGCAGUAAAUUGUGAUGGACGUAUCUCACAAAUUCAGGUAUUUUUCAAAGCUCAGUCAAUACUGAGGAAAAAAAAAAUAAUUGUUGCUUUCAACCCUAAAAGUCUUGCACCAAUAAUUUGGAAAAAAUAUUCAUAAGAACCCAGGCAGUGUUUUACACAAACAUUCAAACAUAAGCAGGAGACAGGAAACAAGCUCACGUCCCAUUUGUUGCCUGAAAGGCUGUUAGUGGUGUGAUCUCAUAAACAUCUUGCAGUUUCCAAAACUGUGUCGUCACCUGGUGAUUUGAUGAAAAACUGUCUUAAGUCUGAAUGCACACGCCAAUUUAAAACCCAGCACGUAUAUUUAGAACCGUCUUUGAUGCGAUGUUUUGAUGUCUUGUGCGCUCUCUGUGGUUAUGCUUUCUUACUCAGUAUUUGUAACUCUUGUGUAGACAGAAAUGAGCUAAACGGUAAAAUGUCAAAAGCAACACUUUGCAUCUUCUCACAUUCACAUUUCAUUUAGGACUGCUUUAUUACAUAUUGCAUUUGGCACAUAAAAAUUACUCUCAAUAUCACAGAACAUUGAAUGCUUUGUUUUAUUGAAUGUGCUAGCAGUGAUGGGUUUUCAAUUUUUUUUA